AUGGCGAGCUCGGCGGCGGCCGGCUUCCUGAGCCGGGGCACGAAUGGCGGCGGCUCGAACAUGCGCGGGCUCGUGCAGUUCAUUGCGGACCUGCGGAAUGCGCGCGCGCGCGAUCUCGAGGAGAAGCGCAUCAAUAAGGAGCUGGCGAACAUCCGGCAGAAGUUCAAGGAUGGGAGCCUCAGCGGGUACCACAAGAAGAAGUAUGUCUGCAAGCUGCUGUAUAUCUAUAUCUUGGGGUGGAAUGUGGAUUUUGGACAUCUCGAGGCGAUGAAUCUUAUCUCGGCGAAUAAGUACUCGGAGAAGCAGAUUGGGUAUCUUGCGAUGACGCUGUUUUUGCAUGAGGAACAUGAGCUGUUGCAUUUGGUGGUUAAUAGUAUACGGAAGGAUUUGUUGGACCACAACGAGCUCUUCAACUGCUUGGCUCUGCACGCUAUUGCCAAUGUGGGAGGGAGGGAGAUGGGAGAAGCGCUCAGUGGAGAAGUCCACCGACUGCUGAUUUCGCCAGCUUCAAAGUCGUUUGUGAAGAAGAAGGCCGCCCUCACACUGCUCCGGUUGUACCGGAAGCACCCAGAUAUCGUUCAACCACAGUGGGCGGAGCGCAUCAUCUCUCUCAUGGAUGAUGCGGAUAUGGGAGUUGCUCUAUCUGUUACUUCACUGGUUAUGGCGCUCGCACAGGACAAUCCAGACCAGUACAGGGGGUCAUAUGUCAAGGCUGCGUCACGCCUGAAGAGGAUACUUGUCGACAAUGAGUAUCAGCCUGAUUAUCUCUAUUACAAAGUUCCUUGUCCGUGGAUUCAAGUUAAGAUGCUGCGUUUGCUACAAUAUUUCCCUCCUUCAGAUGAUACCCAUGUCCGGGAACUCCUCCGAGAGUCCCUCCAAAAGAUUCUCAACCUAGCACUGGAGAUGCCCAAGAACGUCCAGCAAAACAACGCACAGAAUGCUGUCCUUUUCGAAGCGAUUAAUUUGAUCAUUCACCUUGACACCGAGCACGCACUAAUGAAGCAGAUAUCCUCUCGGCUAGGGAGGUUCAUUCAAUCGCGAGAAACGAAUAUCCGCUACCUCGGCCUCGAAGCCAUGACCCAUCUUGCCGCACGAGCAGAAACAUUGGACCCAAUCAAGCAGCACCAGGAUAUUAUUAUCGGUUCCCUGAAAGACCGGGAUAUUAGUGUCAGGAGAAAGGGUCUCGACUUACUCUACAGCAUGUGUGAUGCCAGCAACGCCCAACCAAUCGUAGGCGAGCUGCUCAAGUUCCUACAAAAUGCCGACUUCGCCAUCCGAGAGGAGAUGGUUCUCAAGAUUGCGAUUCUGACCGAGAAAUACGCCACCGACGUGCAGUGGUACGUGGACAUCUCGCUGCGCCUGAUUGCCAUGGCAGGCGACCACGUCAGCGACGAGGUAUGGCACCGAGUCAUCCAGAUCGUCACCAACAACGAAGAGCUCCAGAUCUACGCCGCGCAAAACACCCUUCAGUACGUCAAUGCCGAGCACUGCCAUGAGACGCUCGUCAAGAUCGGUGCCUACAUCCUCGGCGAAUUCGGCCACCUCAUCGCCGAAGACAAGAACUGCAGUCCGAUCGAGCAGUUCCUCGCUCUCCAAGGCAAGCUCCAAGGAUCCUCCUCCAGCACCCGGGCCAUCAUCCUCUCCUCCUUCAUCAAAUUCGUCAACCUCUUCCCCGAGAUCAAGCCGCAGCUCCUGCAAGUUUUCCGCGUCUACAGCCACACCCUAGACUCCGAGCUCCAGCAACGCGCCUGCGAAUACCUCACCAUCGCCUGCCUCCCCACCGACGACCUUCUCCGCACAAUCUGCGACGAGAUGCCCCCCUUCCCCGAGCGCGAAUCCGCUCUCCUCUCCCGUCUGCACCAGAAGCACGCCGGUACGAGCGAUAAACGCACAUGGGUCAUUGGUGGGAAAGACGCCAACGCCGAUGCGCGCGAGCUCAAUUUGGCUAAGAACCCAGGCCUCAAGCGCGCGUUCAGCAACCAGAAUGUCCCGCUGGCUGACAAGCCUUCCCCCUCCAUCCCCGGCGCAGACGGCUCCCUCGCCAGCCCAACAGGGCUGCACGACCUCGCCGGGCUAGACAUGCGGAACCUCGGCCCCGCGGAGCCCAAGACCCUCAAAGCACCCAACCUCGCUAGUGCGGCGCAUCUUUCGCCAGACUGGGAAGUCGGAUACCAGCGCCUGCUCCUCAAGAACGAAGGCGUGCUGUACGAGGAUCGCCAGAUCCAAGUUGGCUUCCGCGCCGAGUUCCGCGGCCAGGCGGCGUGCGUGAUCCUCUACUUCUCCAACAAGGCAUCGAGUGCGAUCAGUUCCUUCACCACCACCUUAGAUGUCCCAGCAGAGGAUAAGGCGAAACUGACAUACGACGUUAAAGGAUUGCCAGACGCCACCCUAAACGAAGGCGCGCAAGCCCAACAAAUGAUAAUGUUCGAAGCGCGCGCCCCCUUCUCCAAGCCCCCCACGAUGCGCAUCUCCUACCUCGCCGGUGCCCUGCAAGCACUCACCCUCGCGCUCCCCCUCACCGUCCACAAGUUCAUGGAAUCCGCCGCGCUGUCGUCUGAGGAUUUCUUCAGGCGGUGGAAGCAGAUUGGCGGUGCGCCGCGGGAGGCGCAGCUGGUGUUUGGGGUCAAGGGAGUGGGGAGGUUCGAUGCAGCGGGGGUGAGGAGGUGCGUGGAGGGGUUCAGGUGGGGGGUGUUGGAUGGGGUGGAUCCGAAUGCGAGGAAUAUUGUUGGGGCGAGUGUGUUACAUACUAGUGAGGUGGGGAAGGUUGGGUGUUUGCUGAGGUUGGAGCCGAAUUAUGAGACGCAGAUGCUCCGCCUAACCAUCCGCGCCACCGACGCCUCCGUCCCCUCCCUCCUCCUCGCCCUAAUGACCGACCGCCUCUCGAGCGGCACCGCCCAACCCGCCGCGCCGCACCGCGCCGAGACGUCAAGGAGCGAGAUGAAUGAUGCGUUUGCGAAUGUGAUGAUUGAGGGGUAGACUGCCCAUCCGGCACUCAUUAGCCACCCAUCACCCCCACCACCCUCGUGGUGGAUGAACUGGUGGGGGGUAGGUGCCAUGACCCGUACGGGGGCAGGGAAUUAGACUCCCGGUCCCGGGUGUGUGGAUAAGUGCGGCAUGGUGGGUAUUAUGAUGGGAUGGGAGGGGCUAGAAACUCACGAUACGAUAUAGUGCCUGCACUGGAUCGGG